AAAAGUUGGACUUUUCUGCCGGGCAGAAAUGCCCCUCUACCAAAUUAUUUCCCAGCCGCAGUGUUUCUACCGUGUCUGCUACUCAACUCGAUCUACUCCGUCAAAUCGCCACAAAUGGGUUUCACAAAGCCGCCUGUUCAGGCGCUCAAGUCUUCCAAUAAGCUCAAACGAAAGGAGCUCUUCGUCCAGUACAAGAAGCACCAGAACAAGGAGAGACAUGAGGAACGACACCGCCGCCGUAGGGAAGAAGCAAAGGACCCCGAGCUCAAGGCAGCCCGGCUAGCUAAGCGCAAACCUGCAACGAUCGACUCAAAGCGAGUAUGGGAUGAUAUCGACGAUGACAGUCUUGGUGUGCAGGUGGACCUCGAGAAAUUAAAGCGCCGCCGCAUUGAAGAGGCUGAAGCAGCUGAACAGGCGGCUCAUGAGGCUGCUAUGCGCGCUGAGGAAGAGCUGGACGAGGAUGAUGAUGUUGACAGUAUGUUGGCUUCGGAUGAGGAGAUGGACGAAGAGCGACAGGUUGCACUGGAAAAGAAGCGUCAACGCCGUGCACAGCGAGAUAACAGUGUUGCCCCAUCCACAACAAGCACAAACCUUGACUUGACGCCAACAUCACUGGCCCUAAAGUUUCCGUCUCUUUUCACCGACAUACCGGCUCCUGAGCCCAAGAUUCUGGUCACAACGUCCAUCAACUCUACUCUCCACGAACAGGCCCAUGUUCUCUGCGAGUUCUUCCCCAACAGCUCUUACGUCCCCCGGUCGGCCCAUCGAUACGGCCAUAAGUAUUCGCUCCGAGAGAUCUGCAAGUACGCCUCAAAUCGAGAGCACACAGCUGUAAUUCUCCUUAAGGAGGACUCCAAAAAACCUACAGGUCUCACGGUUGUGCAUCUUCCUUCCGGCCCGACUUUUCAUUUCUCCAUCACAAAUUGGAUCGAAGGCAAAAAGCUCCCAGGCCAUGGAAACCCAACAAAUCACUACCCUGAACUGCUUCUUAACAAUUUCAAGACACCACUUGGCCUGUUGACGGCCAAGCUGUUUAUGACCUUAUUUCCCCCUAAGCCUGAGUUCCAAGGUCGCCAAGUCACUACGCUCCACAACCAGCGAGAUUAUAUUUUUGUGCGACGACAUCGUUACGUUUUCCGAGAAAAGCGACAGACAGAAAAGAGCAUCGUCAGUGCCGAUGGAAAGGAGGUUAAGGGUGUGGAGGGCAUCCGCGCUGGCCUCCAGGAGCUUGGUCCCCGCUUCACCCUCAAGUUGAGGAGAGUUGACAAGGGUAUUGGAAGAGCUGGAAGUGAGGGUGAUGAUGCGACACAGUGGGAGUGGAAGGCCAAGAUGGAGAAGGAUCGCAAGAGUACAAAUAUAACGAAGACAUUUCAUUUCAAGCUCCUGACCGCUGCCAUUCCUUUUUCCUGCCCAAUUUUGUGUAAGGUACCUAAGGUGGCAAUACCCGUGUACGAUACAAGUGCUCUCGCGGAAGUAGCAUUCAAGGAAAACACUUUGACGAGUGCAUUGCCUAUUAAGGAGACAGUUGCUCAAUGUUUGACGAUGGACAGUGGUUUCCAUAUCUCAAGACCUAACAAAAUGGCAUCCGUCGACCCGCCCUACCUGCGGUUCAGGAUGUUCUAUUUCUUCACCAAGAGGAUUAUAUGCGAAGACCCGCCCGCGAUGCGGGACCUGUUCGAUGAGGAUCACAUCAUCUUCCUUGCAGGGUUAAGUUUAUCUGGGUGUUACAUCCGCAUCCAGAGGACGUUCUCCCUCCUUAUCAAGAAACUUGUACGCGGACCUAUGGACGAGCUACAGGCAGAUUACGAAGACUACAUACGAAGUCGCUCGCAACAUCCUGUUGAAUUCCAGAAUGUGUGA